AUGAACAGCAGCUCCCUGCCCUGUGCUCCCUGCCUCAGUCUGUGUUGCAGGACCCUGCCCUUUGCCCCCUCCUUCAGUCUGUGUUGCAGGACCCUGCCCUUUGCCCCCUCAUUCAGUCUGUGUUGCAGGACCCUGCCCUGUGCCCCCUCCUACAGUCUGUGUUGCAGGACCCUGCCCUUUGCCCCCUUCUUCAGUCUGUGUUGCAGGACCCUGCCCUGUGCCCCCUGCCUCAGUCUGUGUUGCAGGACCCUGCCCUUUGUCCCCUCCUUCAGUCUGUGUUGCAGGACCCUGCCCUGUGCCCCCUGCCUCAGUCUGUGUUGCAGGACCCUGCCCUGUGCCCCCUGCCUCAGUCUGUGUUGCAGGACCCUGCCCUGUGCCCCCUGCCUCAGUCUGUGUUGCAGGACCCUGCCCUUUGCCCCCUCCUUCAGUCUGUGUUGCAGGACCCUGCCCUUUGCCCCCUCCUUCAGUCUGUGUUGCAGGACCCUGCCCUGUGCCCCCUCCUACAGUCUGUGUUGCAGGACCCUGCCCUUUGCCCCCUUCUUCAGUCUGUGUUGCAGGACCCUGCCCUGUGCCCCCUGCCUCAGUCUGUGUUGCAGGACCCUGCCCUUUGUCCCCUCCUUCAGUCUGUGUUGCAGGACCCUGCCCUGUGCCCCCUGCCUCAGUCUGUGUUGCAGGACCCUGCCCUGUGCCCCCUGCCUCAGUCUGUGUUGCAGGACCCUGCCCUGUGCCCCCUGCCUCAGUCUGUGUUGCAGGACCCUGCCCUGUGCCCCCUGCCUCAGUCUGUGUUGCAGGACCCUGCCCUUUGCCCCCUCCUUCAGUCUGUGUUGCAGGACCCUGCCCUUUGCCCCCUCCUUCAGUCUGUGUUGCAGGACCCUGCCCUGUGCCCCCUCCUUCAGUCUGUGUUGCAGGACCCUGCCCUUUGCCCCCUCCUUCAGUCUGUGUUGCAGGACCCUGCCCUUUGCCCCCUCCUUCAGUCUGUGUUGCAGGACCCUGCCCUGUGCCCCCUGCCUCAGUCUGUGUUGCAGGACCCUGCCCUGUGCCCCCUGCCUCAGUCUGUGUUGCAGGACCCUGCCCUGCAACAGUAAAUAG